AAUCUGAAAAUAUCAGCGCAGCCUUAACCUAAGAACUGAAAAAAAAAACACUGCUUUCUCCUCCCUGUCACAGCUCCUGCAAAACGACCUCCUUCUCAAGUGACCGGCGAAGCCACCGGCGAAACCACACUCACGAACUCGCACCCUCUCUCCUCCUUCUCAGGCGACAACAGAGGUCUUCCCCACUCAAUUCGAAGAAAAAAAUUGAUGAAGGCCGCCGAAUUUGCACUACCAAAGCUGUCGAAAAUCCUACUUGUGAUGAAAUUGGUGACUUCUGCAAAUUUCUCAAUCUUCCUUACCAUUAGGAGGCUGUUUGAGCGAGCAUUGGCGUAUGUUGGAACGGAUUACUUGUCUUACCCUCUUUGGGAUAAGUAUAUUGAAUAUGAAUAUACGCAACAGCAGUGGGCAUAUCUUGCCUCAAUAUAUACUAGGAUAUUGGAGAAUCCAAAUCAACAGUUGGAUCGCUAUCUUACAAGUGCUGAGUCACGACAGACAAAUCAAUUGUGCUAUAUCAGCCAUUGCGACGCAAAUUCUCUUGUAAAUCAGAUUACAAGAGUAUCAUUAACCCCAGAAUCAAGCUAUAUAGCCAAACCAGCAGCAUCGUGGAUUGAUGAUUUUCUAGUGUGGAUGUCUCCUGAAGCUUUUGGUUACCAAAUACCAAUUCUCAUUUUCUCUACGGUUUUUAACCGUAAGAUGCUUAACCAAAUUUUCUGCAGCCUCCAUUGCAGCUCCUGCUGCUCUAUUCUAUAUGCUAAGCUUCGGCCAAAAACUAAACUAAAAAAACUGGACUCCUUCAAAUGUUGCAGCGAUUGUCUUUUAUACUCAGCCCGUGCUUCUGUGCGCCAACACAAGAGGGUCUGUGUGCGCGCACAGACCUCUGCGCCCACACAGCUGUAGUCUCUGUGCGCGCACACAAUUCCCAGAGCUUACUGUAUGAUUUUUGCAGAUUUGUGCGCCCCUACAGGCAGACUGUGCGCGCGCACAGACCUGUACCUCUGCUAUGUUGUUGUUCUGUUUGUUGUUGCUGAUCUGCUCGUGGCUUGGUGCUAUUUGCUUGCUUCGUGUGGGGCUGUUGCUGCAGUUUGCUUGCUCGCAUUGCAGUAGCUUCAUGAACGACGACAGUAAAUGAUUUAGCAAUGACAGUAUACGGAAGUGUUGUGACAGGUUGUUGUCAACGCUCAUGUAUGUAGCUGCUGCUGUAAGGCUGCAAUGUUGUUGAGCUUCUGUAGGUUGUUCGUUGCAGUGGCCUUGGUUGCUGUGUUGAUUUGAUAAGUGGUGUUUCUUGCCAAGCUCCUUAAAUGGGUCAACAAAACUGACGAUGAAUGAGAAUUUAAUACAAACGGCAGAACUAGGGAAACUUUUAAGGUUUUCACAACUCCAAGGGAGGGGCCCUUUACCAAAGAGGAGUUGGAUGAAGUUCGAGACAAGUGGGCUACUUACUUCAACGAUUGUGAACUACCCUCAUUGUAAUAAAUAGAGCAGGCUUGUAGUUAUCCGUGACUCUUACAUUAUUUUUUUAUUUGUCGAUUUAACUAAUUACAUUUGAAUUAAUUCGGUAAUAUUAUUGGAAAUUUGAAAUUUAUAUCAUUUUUUAGGAAUGUCAAGCUGAUGUUUGGUGAAA